AUGGACUCGACGGCGGCUGUAGAUCCGGUAGCAGAGGUUGCUCGGCUGAAGGGCGAAGUGCAUGCCAAGGAGGAGGCGCUGAAUGCGCUCAAAGCCAAGACUAAGGCGUUCGUCGACAACAUGCGCAGCCAGUUGGCCAACGAGACGCAGAAGGUCACAACACUUGAGGCGAAGCUAAAAGAGGCUACUGCCACUGCUGCUGCAGCACAGCGGCCUGUAGACAACGCGGAGAAGCAGCGUAUGACGGAGGAGAUCGAGAAGCUCAAGAAGGAGACAACUGCGCGCGAGAACGAUCUUAAGACACGCGCCAAGUCCUUUGCAGACGCGAUGAACUCGCAAUUGGAAGCUGAGAAGGAGAAAUGCCGUACCCUUGAGGCUCAACUACAGCAAAAGACUGAGGCUCUUGCAGCAGCUGAAGCUGCGAAGGCCGCUGCAGAUCAAGCUAAGGACAUGGAUUUCCUCUCUCAACCAAUGGUGACUGCUAGCUCGCACACUGACGACGAGUUUAACGCAGUGCAGUCUCAGUUGAACUCUGCGAACUUUGAAAUGGCCGACUUACGUGAGCGUCUACGCAGCGUAGAAGCCGAUGCUGCCCAGGCAGUUCAGCAAGCUACGAGUCUCCGCCAGGAGCUCGAGGCGCUGCGUACCUCAUCAGAGCAGCAGCGCAGUCAGCUACAAGCUGAAAUUCAUUCACUAAAGGCUCGUGAAAGCUCGCUACAAGCAGAACUCAGCUCUCAACAGAAUCAAGUGAAGGAGCCUAGUCUACUUGAAGCCGACAUAACGAAGACUAAAGAGCUGGAGUUCCAGUUAGAGCAGCACAAGAUUGAGAACCAGCAUCUCCAGAAGCAGCUAUCAGACAAGGAUUUCCAGUUAGAGCAGCUGGACAGCUACCGACGACGGGCGGAUGAGAGCGAGUCCAAGAUCCUUCAGCAUCAAGCCGAGAUCUCCUCGCUUCAGAGCCAACUGCAGACCAAGAGCAACGAGCUGUCGUCGUAUUCGUGCAACAAAUGCACCGAGCUGGAGGAGAAGCUUGCCGAGAUCACGCAACUCUAUGAGAAGGUGAACCUUGGUAGAAGUCGUAGCGACAGCUUGAUCGCCGAGACUCAAUCUCAGCUCGGAGAGAUGCAAACCAUCAAGCAGCAGUACUUAGCGUCCCAGGAGCGUCUCGAUGAUAUGAUGAAGCAGAAUCUCAAGCUCAACGAGAAGAUCUCUGAAAAGGAGAUCGAAGUGGCAACGCUGAAGGCCGAGAUGAAAAAGUGGAGCAUGGACAUGGCUGAGCUUCAAGCGCAGCACAGCACGCUGAAGUCUGAUAGCUCAGAGCACCGCCAACGCUCCGAGUCGGUCCACACCGAGUUCCAGAAGGCGGAGACGACUCUCAAGGAGCUGCAAACAAAAUGUGCACAGCUUGAGAAGAAGAAUCAAGAACUAACGACAUCGAUUGAGACUAUCAACAAAGAGAACACGGACAAACGUCAGAAGGCGAAGGCUCUUGUGCAGUCGCUAGUCAGUGAGAAGACGAGCUUACUCGAGGCCAAAAGCGGUCUCCAAAAAGAAGUUGAUCGAUUGAGGAUGGAGGUUAACCAGCGCAAUGUCGACAACGACCAACAAGUCAAGCAACUUCGAGAGGAGACAAACGAGAAGGCUGCUCAGAGUAAUGCUACGAUUCAAAAUCUCACGGACGAAGUGGCUCAAUUGAAGCACGCUCUCGCUACUGUUCAAGAGUCGGAGAAGGUUCAACAGCGAGCAAAGGAACUCGCAGCAGCGAAGCGCGAGAUCGAAGACUCAAACAAGAAGCGACUGGCAGCGAAAGCGGAGACGCAGAAGUUGGCGGUGGAACUUGAGAACGUCCACAAGUGUCUUGAUCACAUUACGACUCAUGUGAACGCCAACUGCACCGAGAACAUCCAGCAGAUUGCUCUCGUCCAGGGUCAUGUCAAGGAAGCGCUCGAAGUGUUGGAGAAACGUGCUGGCGUCGGCGCUCAAAACAAGCAGAAAGCUCCUGAGGAUGACACAGCCGAGAUCGUACGUAAGGCGGAGGCGCUCUCCGGUGUACGAAGCGGAAAUGCACCGCAGAGCCCGGGGUCCAGGCGACUGGAAGAGAACGUAUCGCGUGUCAGUGAACAGAUAAGGGAGCUAGUGGACAUCACGGAGCGGUUGUGCGACAUCGCAGUGGAGCAGAACGAUGCCAACCUCAAGGAUGUCAUCAUCAACAAGCUCACGCAGACGUUCACUCAGUGCUUCUCUGAUAAGCUCCAGGCCGUCUACUCUAAGGCUGACGAAGCUGUGAGUCUGCUGGAUGCACACGGUCCAACUUCAGAGAGCGGGAACGCAGUCGUUAGGCCCGUCAGCUAA